GCUGGAAAUAACAUCAUUAGGAAAGCUCCUCAAGCUGUUUUGCUCACAAUUAACUGAAGGCAUUGUCACCAACAGGUCCUAAUUUGGAUUUAUUUUCCAGGGUGAAACCUACCUCUGAUGGACGCCUCGUACACCGUGCCAAAGCCCAGGUCACGCUGCCUGCAGCUGUGGAAGAAACGGAGCCGCUCCAGAAGCUUUACCAUCUCCUGGAGGCCAAGGGGUUUCAGACACGCAUGGAAGGAGUGGCACUCCUCCUAGACCUGUGCAAAACCAGCCCCCAGCUCAUCUCCACUAACAUUGUCCAAAUUUUUGAUUAUUUUGUCCUGAGAAUAUCUGACAGCCACAAGAAAGUGAAGCAGAAGGCUCUGGACGUGCUGGCUGAAAUCAUCGGCCUCCUGGAAGAUGCCCUGAACCCGGUGAUGAUCCCUUUGGUGCAGGGAAUAACAAAGAACCUGAACUCAAAGGAUCCCGGGGUUCAUGCCGCAGCUGUGAACGCACUGGAAGAAUCCAUUGCUCAUCUGGAUAAAGUAUCACUGCUGAAAGAGUUCAGCCACCAAUGGAGUCAUCUGAGUGGCCAAGCUCUGCUGGAUGUCACCGGGAGUAUCGCAGUGCUCGUGGAGUGGGUUCAUGCCAGGAGCCCUGCAGUGGUCCAGCGCUGCGCCCUGCCCGUGCUCUGGUCCUGCCUGGAGAACAAGGCGCUGCCGGUGCGAAGUGCCAGCGUCCGCACUGUGCUCACCAAGCUGGCCUGUGCCCUCUGCGAGGUGAUGGGCACCCAGCUGAGGAAGUGUGCUGCCAGCAAGCCUCCCCACGUGCGGGAAAACCUCAACAGCCUUUUGGGCUGGUGA